AUGCGCUGUCCGCGCACAAUACCUCUUUCCAUCUCAGAGGACUUGACAGAGAGCUUUCAGUAUAUUCCCUCUUCCCCGCCUUCUUCCGUUCUUCGUCAGGAAAACGACAGAGUCGAUUGUUUGAGAGAGUCGGUGAAUAAAAUGGAGAGCGAGCCGACUCGAGUGAUGGUGGCGGUGAACGAGUCGACGAUCAAAGGCUAUCCGCACGCGUCGAUAAGCAGCAAAAAGGCGUUCGAGUGGACACUGAAGAAGAUCGUUCGCUCCAAUACUUCCGGCUUCAAGCUUCUCUUGCUUCACGCACAAGUCCAGGACGAAGACGGUUUUGAUGACAUGGACAGCAUAUAUGCUUCCCCUGAUGAUUUUCGACAAAUGAGGGAGCGUAACAAGGCAAAAGGACUUCACCUUCUUGAGUUUUUCGUUAAAAAAUGCCAUGAGAUUGGGGUUGGGUGCGAGGCCUGGAUCAGGAAAGGUGAUCCCACAGAAGUGAUAUGCCAUGAAGUGAUUCGGGUCAGGCCAGAUUUUCUGGUUGUGGGAAGUCGUGGUCUCGGUCCAUUUCAAAAGGUAUUUGUUGGAACUGUGAGUGAAUUCUGUGUGAAGCAUGCAGAGUGCCCAGUCAUCACAAUCAAACGCAGUGUUGAAGAAUCCCCACAAGACCCAGCUGAUGAUUAA